AUGUUAUUCCGGCUACCCAAUGAGCUACAUCGGUAUUAUGCAGACCAUCUAGAUGCUCAGUCGCUAAGUCGUCUUAGUCGGACAUGCAAAUUCAUGCGGACCAAGUUCCAGCAUGAGAUGGAUAAGAUCAAGAAUGCCACGGAAAAGGCGCUAACGGUCCGCAAACAAAAGCGCAUUCAAGUCUUCGAAGGGAAUAGUAUCCCCGGGGAGCUGAUCCAGGAACAUGACAGAGGGGAGAUACCCCUCGAUUGGCCUGGCACUAGCUGCCUGUUGAAAUUUGAGCGAUUGAAGCCGGCGCUGCAAAACGAUGAGGUUGAGGAGCUGCGACAGUUCCUGGAGGCCAAGGGGAGCCCAAACCUCCGAUUUAGAACAGGGACUCCUCUGCUUCACUACGCCAUGCGCCUUGGGGGUGGGCACGAUGCGAGGAUGGUGCGUCUUCUGCUCGAUUACGGAGCGCGGCCGAACGAUCUGACUCCGGAGAAUCUUACGGCGCUCGACUAUGGGGCAUACGAAGCCCCUCGGGCUGGGGACGAGGCGCGGAUGAAACUGGUUCUGCUCCAUGGGGGGGUCCUCGGGCACCCAGGCUCCUUGCGCAAUCUGUACGCGGUGGGUCAGAAUGGCUCGCAGCUCGUCCGGAUGGCGCUGGUUAAUGGCACCAAUCUGAGACACACGGUUCAAUCGUGGGGUCAUCUCCUGGAUGAAACCGACGAGGGAGAUGACCUGUACACAACCGAACAGCUGUGCGAGCUGGUUCACCUCGCGCCGGAUCUCCUGACUUGGGUCACUGCGACUGGCGAGACUGCACUGGACUAUAUCAUGGGGUACAGGCCAGCAGUCGCUGUAUACCUACAGCAGACAGGGCACCCAAUGUACGUUGCACUGCGGCAGGAAUGGAUCGAGAAACGAGGGAGACAGAUCUUUGAGCGCAAGCUUGCGGAGGUGAGCGAGUAA